GCCAGUAUUACGUCGACGACUGACCACGCCGCACGUCCUCGCAAACUAUACUCUAUACCAUAUCGCGGCAUCGAAUCGUCACCGGCGGACGACGAUCUGUCGCAACGUUUAUCGAUCGGCCGCCAUUCGCGCGUUUUUCGUUCACCGGAGCUUGUUCCCACUCGUCGCGCGUUACGCUCCCAUCGAAUAGGAAUACGUUCGCGGUUCUCUAGAAGAAGCGGCGAAUCGAUAUCGGCAGGUCGGCUAUAACAGGAGCAGCUCUGGUGCAGUGAAUCGAUACGAACGAUCGAUCGGACGCGUCGCGGGAUCGGCUUUCUUUCCGUUUCGGGUGAGUAGAGGGCCUCUGUCCAGCUGCGGGCGAGACGUUCUCGAACGUUGCCGAAGUUUCCAGCGAAGUUUCUCCUCGCGAGAGCCAGCCAGGUUGAAUCGAUGCUGAAUCUCCUCGGGAAUGAGAGCCGACGCGAGGCAACAUCGGUGAACUUGUAAUAAAAGGACUUGGGGGAGCUUCGAAAGGGAGUCGAGGAUAAAGGAAGAAACGGCCCCGCAAGAGAGCCCAGGAUGACGACCAACGCGUCGUCCAUGGUGAUCGACUACCUGGUGUUCGUCGGCUGUAUCAUCGCCUCGUUCGUCAUCCCGCUAUGGGGCAAGCUACGGGGUCGUCGAAAGGAGUCCACCAAGGCGGACUACGUGUUCGCUACCGGGAACGUCUCGAUGGGCGCCAUGAUGCUGUCCAUCGCCCGUGGCACCCUCGGCGUCAGAUCCUUCCUCGGCUAUCCGUCGGAGCUCUAUUACAGAGGCAGCGCCAUGUGGGAGACCAUCUACGGUAUGCUGCUCGCGUAUCCCAUCGUGUGCUUCAUCUUCGUCCCGGUGUACUACAGCCUCGGCAUCACGUCGGUCUAUCAGUACCUAGAUAUGAGGUUCAACUCGAAGCUAGUCAGAUGCCUGGCAAGCUUCUCUUACGUGAUACGCAGCCUGUUGAACUUGGCCGUCACGAUAUUCACGCCUUGCGUCGCAUUGAAGGCGGUGAUCGGCUUGCCGUAUUGGGCCAGUAUCUUUGGCAUCACUUCGAUAUCCGUCGUUUUCAGCGUUAUGGGUGGUUUGAAAGCAGCCAUCCUCUCGGACGUCAUACAAGGUCUGACGAUGAUUGGCGUCUCGCUGGUGAUAAUCGCCAAAGGAUCUGCUGAUAUCGGGCCCGAUAAGAUUUUAAACGUGACGUACGAACGUGGCCGAUUGGAUUUCUUCAACACAGAUUUGGAUCCCACCCUCCGCGUGACGACUCUGUCGGCAACCUUGGGCCAAUUAUUCAUGAGCCUGUCCAUCUUCGGCUGCCAGCAGAACUUCGUGCAACGAUACUGCAGCAUGACGAGUCAACGAAAAGUCGUCAAAACCAUGUUGGCCAACAUGCCGAUAAUCUUCAUCCUGUUCUCCCUGUCGUGGGUGGUUGGCAUGGUGAUCUUCGCCAACUACGCGGACUGCGAUCCGCUCACGCUAGGAUACAUCUCGAAAUUCGACGAGAUCGUGCCGUUCUACGUGGAGGACAAGUUCCUCAACUUUCCAGGUCUGCUGGGUCUGGUGAUGGCCACUCUGUUCAACAGCGCGCUCACACUGGCGGUGUCGAAUCUCAACUCUCUGGCCACGGUCACGUUCGAGGACUUUCUCGGUCAGAUACCCGCGCUCCGAGGCUUGAAGGAUAAGCAGCAGCUGCAUUUCAUCAAGGUGAUCAGCGUUCUCUACGGCGUGCUGAUAAUAGGCAUCAGCUUCCUCGUGGCCAUGCUCUCGGGAGUGAUCGAGUCGUCGAUGUUGAUGACCUCGGCCACGUCAGGCCCGCUGCUCGGUGUCUUUCUGCUGGCCAUGUUGGUGCCUUGCGCCAACUGGAAGGGCGCCGCUGCCGGGAUGAUCUUCAGCCACGUGACAACCCUGUGGAUAACCUUCGGCCACUUGACCGUCAGCAACAUGCAAAACGUGGAGACGUUGUCUCUGUCGACGGAGAACUGUCAGAACGACACGUUCUCACCUUGGAUCAUGCAGCCAGGCCGCUCGAUGUUCGCUGCCCUCAACGUCACCGGGACGAACCAAAGCGUUCUAUUGGCGAACACCGAGGAAACACCUGCUCUAGGCCCUCUCGAGUAUUUGUACAGCGUCACGUACAUGUACUACGCGUUCAUAGGGAGCGUGUCGACGGUGCUGGUCGGCAUAAUCGUCAGCUUGUUGACGGCCGAUUCGCAGUGCGACAUGUACGAGGAACACCUGCUUCAUCCGCUGGCGGUGAAAAUCUCUAGACUGUUGCCGGGAAGACGGAGAUUGUACGCGAGCAGCACCCGGUUGCAGAACGAGCAGAACGCGGCGAACGCGACUGCUUCCUCGUCGGUGACCUCGAUCGCGAACGGCACGGAAAAGACUCUCCAAGGGAUCGUCGAUGAUAAUGGGAAGCUUCGCAUUGACAUCGGUUACGUGGAGAAGCUCAACGCUCUCAAGAACGUCUCGCUCGACGUAACCAACGAGGUCAGCAAGGGUACGAGACUCUGAGAGAGAGGAAAUUCUGUUCGGUGGUUCGAAACGCGAUCACGACGCUCCAUCGUAUGCAUAUAUUUCCGAGAGUCGCGGCUCGCUUCCACUUCGCUAUCUUUUCGAACAUCGUUGCGUCGACGAGCCUGCGUAUGUGUGUGUGUGCAGAGUGAGCGAAUUGCCCCUUUCGUAGUUGCACUUGAAUUUAACGAUUAAUUCUAUGUUAGUAUCACAUAUAGUCAGACGAUGAUCAUAAAAACACCGAGCAUCAUUUAGUAUAGUAUAUUUCCUCUAUUGAUCGUCCUGUACAAUCCUCGCGCAGCUACUUUCAGCUACUCGAAUUAGCCGAGCAAGCGCGCAAUUUUACAGGGUAGACGCCUAGUACAAAGCAACGUAGGCACGAACGAGAGCCAUGUUCGUCGAGCCACGUUACAAAAUAUAUAGUAGGUAUUAUAUCGCGAUCGUAUCUUAUCGUUAGGAAGAGUAGUUACGUUAGACGAAGUAAUUCUGGGUAAUGAUGCGUUCGCGCGUGUUGCGCGAACUAAACCUCGAUCGACCUUUCCACGCUUGUCGAACGAGUCUCGGGUAGAGUAGCGAACUGACAGGCGGCGUUCGUUCGGCAAUGCUAACUGCACUGGAGAACUGCAUCUAACCGAGACUCGACGAAGUCGACCAGCUUCGUUUUCCACUUAGAGGACUGCGAGCAUCGUACGCGGAGUACUCCUUCCUAGGAAGGAAGAAAACGUAGUUUCCAGUACGCGGAACUUGGCGAAAAUGUCAAAUCACGAGUUAUUUGCGAACGAAAUAGUUUAUUUCGCAAUUUGCCAUAUAUGUGUAUAUAUAUAUAUAUAUACAUAUAUACGUAUGUUAUACGUACAAUACUCACCGUACGAGAUCGGGAGCAGAAUCACGGAAAAGUGAUACACUCGUCCGUGUUAGAGUUCAAGUUCUCGAUAAUCGAGGACGUUACAUCGCUUAUUCGCGCUUGACGCGAGAGAGGCAGCGAUCUUUGACAUUUGCUGCAGCACCGGGGAUGAGGCAGCCCGCUGCUGCGUCGUUAGCCUGUAACGAAAGUAUUGAAUCGCGAUGUGAUUGCGAGGAAUCAAGCGGACGUUGAAACGCGUCCGGAUUGCGCAAGGUCCGGAUUCCUAAGGUCAGAGUUUCUCGCGACGAGUGACUCACCACUUGUUCGUUGCGAGAAUGAACAAGGCGCGUGAUGACAGCGCGACGAACGUUUCCGCGCAAAUUGUAUGUAUUAUGUCACAUGUGCGUACAUUGAACGCGGGGUCCGUCUCGCGGAUCCCUCUCGUCUUCUAUGAUAUUAUAAGUUUUAUAUCUCGUAGAUUGUUGCGUUAUUUUUUUAACAAACAUGCAAGUACACGUAGCCUAGCGUAACAGCACCGAGCACGACAUGCCGUGCAACAUGUAAAGUAUCGAAUGGAUCUGUACGAAAUAUUGUGAAUAUUUAUUUUCUGCUCGUUUCUUUUUUUUUUUUCCAUAUAAAUAUAACACGUUUUUUUAAGCGUCACGUUGAACACUGA